UUGUUCAGUUUUUUUUGGAUUGACAUUCGAAUAUCAGUGUAUUUUUCGAUCAAAAUGGACAAUUCAAAAUGGAAUGAUUUACAGGCAAUUCAAAAACGAAAUAAUUCCAUAAAAGAAAAAAUUCAACAAUGGAAACGGCAACGUGAAAAUAUAUUGAGUGUAACAUCAUCGUCAUCAGCAUCUUUUACGAAUAUUUCGACAACCAGUCCUGCUGGUUUUAUUAAUGAUCAAAAAACGAAUCCAAAUUUUAAAAAAAUAGAAAAUAAAUUGAUAGAUAUUCUUUGCGAUAAAUCAAACAAUUUUCCUAUUGAUUUUUCAACAAUCAUAUCUUAUACGUCCAGUUUUACGGAUAAAAAAACGACCAAAGAAUUAUUAAUUAAAUUUUCAUUACGAAAAUUAAUCCAACUCAAUGAAUAUUUACCAUCGGAUAAUAGUGAAAAAACCAUUUUUGUUCUAUCUGUUGAUUGUGAUGCAUUAAAACUAUUGAAGGAAGAUAAUGAAAAAAUCAAAACAGUUGAAAAUACAUUGAAACGAGCGGCAAGUAAUGAUGAAACUAAUGAGACAAAUCAAUCGGUAUCCAAUCUAGACGACUCACAAACGACGAAAAAAUUUCAUUCAAAUGAAAAAGAAAAAUCAAACAAUGAUUCAGUCGAAUGUAUCUUAUCAUUACAGUCGACGAUCGAAAAAAAUAAUCAAAAAAUUUCUGAAGAGAUUCAAAAAUUAUUGUCAAGACCAACGGCUAAAGAAUUAUCAUUGAAUGAACAAUUUCGUUCGCUGAAUCCAAAUGUACAGGAAUUUUGUUCACGUGGAACACCCGAAGAAUGUAUGCGUUCGAAUGAUUCGAAUGAACCAUGUGAACGUAUACAUUUUUUAAAAAUCAUUCAAAAACAUACAGAUGAAUCAUUGGGAGAUUGUUCUUUUUUAAAUACUUGUUUCCAUAUGGAUACCUGUAAAUAUGUACAUUACAAAGUUGAAAAGAAGAAUAAUAAGAAUGUUCAUAUUGCAUCGGCCCAUGACCAACACGAUGAAAAAAGUAAAAAUGAAAUGAAUAAUCAAACAAUGAAUACUAUUACUACGAAUAAUAAUAUUGUCAAAACAUUGGCCAAUGCAACUGAACAGCCAUUCAAAAGAAAUCUUUUCCCAGCACAAUGGAUACGAUGCGAUUUACGUUUUUUCGACAUGAGUAUUUUGGGUAAAUUUGCCGUCGUAAUGGCCGAUCCACCAUGGGAUAUUCACAUGGAAUUACCAUAUGGAACAAUGUCCGAUGAUGAAAUGCGAAAUCUAAAUAUACCAUGUUUACAGGAUGAAGGUCUUAUAUUUUUAUGGGUUACCGGUCGUGCCAUGGAAUUGGGCCGUGAAUGUCUUAAACUUUGGGGCUAUGAAAGAUGUGAUGAAUUAAUCUGGGUGAAAACAAAUCAAUUACAACGUAUUAUACGCACUGGCCGUACUGGACAUUGGAUUAAUCAUGGUAAAGAACACUGUCUGGUUGGUGUGAAAGGAAAUCCAAAGAACAUUAAUCGUAGUCUUGAUUGCGAUGUUAUCGUAGCCGAAGUUCGUGCUACAAGUCAUAAACCAGAUGAAAUUUAUGGUAUUAUUGAACGUUUAUCACCUGGUACACGAAAAAUUGAACUAUUCGGCAGACAACAUAAUACGCAACCAAAUUGGGUAACAUUGGGUAAUCAAUUAGAGAAUAUUUGUUUAAUGGAUCCCCAAUUAAUCGAUGCAUAUAAAAAAUGUUAUCCGGAAGAGAUCAUCAAUCUUUGACACAAUGUUAACGCUUUAAAAAUUUUUCAAUCAUUUGUCGAAUUAAAAUUAAAAAAAUUACUCCAAGUUA